CCGCCGCGCCCCGCCCCGGCCCCGGCCACUCUGCAGAACCGCCCGCCCCGGUGACCCCGCCGUCCGGGGCAUUGUUUUCUCCCCGCCCUGGUCGCGGGUGGGAGGCGAGGCACGCCGGGGUUCGGCAGGCUGGCGCCCCGCCAGGCCUGUGGCCUUCGGCCCCGGGGCCACGGGGACGGCCGCGCCCGGGAGCAGGCGAGGAGCGCGUCUGGGUGCGCGGCGGCUCGGCCAUGGGCUCCGGCAGCUCGCGCGCCGCGACGAUUCCCGACGUGGACGACAUCCGGCGGGAGACGGGCUUCUCGCAGGCCAGCCUGCUCCGCCUCUACCACCGCUUUCGGGCCCUGGACAGCAACAAGAAGGGCUACCUGAGCCGAGUGGACCUGCAGCAGAUCGGGGCGCUGGCCGUCAACCCCCUGGGGGACCGCAUCAUCGACAGCUUCUUCCGCGAUGGGAAUCUGAAGGUGGAUUUCCGGGACUUCGCCCGUGUCCUCGCUCACUUCCGGCCCGUGGACGAGGAGAGCUCAGCGGCCCGCGACCCGGAGCAGCCGGAACCCCUCAACAGCAGAACCAACAAACUUCGCUUCGCGUUUCAGCUCUAUGACCAGGACAGAGAUGGAAAGAUCUCCAAACACGAGAUGCUUCAGGUGCUCCGGCUGAUGGUCGGGGUACAGGUAACGGAGGAGCAGUUGGAGAGUAUCACCGACCGCACGGUCCAGGAGGCUGACGAGGACGGAGAUGGGGCCGUGUCCUUCCUGGAGUUCACCAAGUCCUUAGAGAAGAUGAACAUCGAGCAGAAAAUGAGCAUCCGGAUCCUGAAGUAACCCCCACUUCGUGCCUUUGACUGCUCACACCAGCCCUUCCUGGGACCCACCCUCGGCCCCUCUGGACACCGGGACCCGACAUUAUCUACUUUAAAAGACAUUCUCUUCAGGGGGCUGCAGCGAUAGCACAGCGGGAAGGGCAUUUGCCUUGCACACGGCCCACCCGGAUUCCAUCCCAGGCAUCCAAUAUGGUCCCCUGAGCACCGCCAGGAGUAAUUCCUGAGUGCAGAGCCAGGAGUAACCCCUGAGCAUCGCCAGGUGUGGCCCAAAAAGCUAAAAACAAAACAAACAAACAAAGAAACAAAAACCGUUCUCUUGAGGGCCAGAGAGGAGAGAACAGGCCAGCCUUGCCUGUGGCCAGCCCUGGUUUGAAUCCCUGGUGGCACAUGUGGUCUCCCGAAGCACCUUCAGGGGGUCACUUCCAAGCACAGAGCCAGGAGUAGCCCCUGAGCACUGCCAGGUGGGCUCCAAACCUCCAAAUGAA